AUGACCGACGACGACGGAGGCGAGGGCAUAAUGAACAACUGUUCAAGCAAUUAUUCGACACGAUUACGAAGUCGAACAAAACAACCUGUGUAUACUUCGGAUAAAAGAGCGAAAUUCACACAAAGAGAGAAUAAAAAAUGGAUACGUUUUGUAACCGUGCUCGGCUACAUCUUUUUCGUUUCUCUACCGGCUGUAUCACUCAGCAUCUACUAUGUUUACAUAUGGGAUCCAGGAUACAUAAAUAAAUUCCCGUCCGAGAUUAUCAACACGUCCUCUCCCGUACAUGUGUCUCCUAUCGUUUCGACUCGAUUGGAAAGAGACACAUCACAUUCUGCAUCGAAUGAGAAUGAUUCCCAUCUUAAGUCCACAACCACAGAACCAUGCGUCUCUUGCACGCAUGACUAUGUGGAUCUUGCAACAAUUUUAGCCGAAGGCUUAAAUUCAAUGGAAACAUCGGUCGAAUCGUCUCCGACCAUCACCAUCGAGCCGGAUUUGCGCGUAAAAGCAUAA